AUUAUCAUCAUCAUUUCUAUUUUAUACUUAUUAUCGCCAUAAUUAUCAUUGUUGCUAUUAUUGUUAUGAUUUGUUGCAUUUUGAAAGAGUUUCUGCAUACCUACCUAUUUCCGCCUUUUCUUUUCUUCCACCCUCCCCGAGAGCUCGAACCCGGGAACCAACCUGUCAGAAUGUGCUGGAUGCCUUGUCUACCGAAUAACACCCAAUCUCGUCUCUUUGCACCACUCCUCGCGACGCAUAUGUAUGCGUCUACGUUAUUGUUAUUAUUGGCUUGGCUUGGCUUCGAUGCCAGUACCGAUACUUUGCAGGUGGGCUGGUAUAUUUAUACCUAUCUACCUACAUUUAUCCAUCUCUCCCUCACGCAGACUUCAGAAUUACGCCGUAUCCAGUUAGAAAUUGCUCGCCCCACGGAAUUCCCAGGCAGUCAGGGGCGAAAACGACAUGAAGCCUCCUUUCACUGUCGUGAGACCGCGCCGCACACCCACCCACGGGUUGCCGACGUCCCGAAGAUGCCCGCGCGUAGCAAUGCGACAGCGAUGUCUACAUACGCCCCUGAGAGCCCUGUCCCUGGCCAUCUCGGUGGACCUCUACAGGGCUCUUGUAACUGACGUCAAUUUGCGAACGGGAAGGGGGUAAAUCAGAGAGAUAUUCUUACGAUGCGUUCAUAGUAAUUUCUUGAUGUUAUUCUCACACUUUUACUUGCAUCUGUAACAUCUUACUCCUUCUCAAGCGGCUAUUACGCCAUCCGAUCUCAGCGAUAGCGCUUCGGCUUACAUGGGGUCCAUUCGACAAGCGACGGACAGAAAGCCUUGCCAAUUCUGCUAACCCGACAAGGAGACUCGGCUGACACCCGUCGUAGUCUUAGAACCACAGAGCCAACGACAACGAGAUCCCAAGUCACGCACCAGCCUGGUUCCCUCCCUUCGCUCUUCGCCUCUCGAUAUAGAAGUCUGAACGAAAACGAGCCAACCAACAAUAAUGUCUACCUCGUAACAUAUCUAAUCGCCAUAGGCCCGAUGAGAUUUUCCCCCUCCCUCUUCCUUCCCUCCAUCU